GUGUCGGAAAUCUCGCGAGAUUCUGAGACGUUCGUCUCUUUUCUGUGUCGUCGCAGUGAAGCAGCAGCUCGUUAACGCGUGAAGACCGGAAACGUGUUAAAGUCCCUCAGAAACAUGCGCGUGUAUUAACGUGUUUAACACACAAUGGACCCGACUGUGACGUGCGGCUCUCCGCGGGAGGACGGGGAACUGGAGGACGGAGAAAUCUGUGAUGACGAGACGGAGGAGAAGCCGCAGGGCGCGCGGCCUGGUACCGGCUCCCGGAGACCCAAAACCUCCACACCCAGGUCCAUGGGCUUGGGGAAGGACUUCCGGUCCCCAUUCAGACCCGGACCCAUGGGGUCGGACCGGUUAGAGCCGCCCGGGACCAGAACCAGCUUCUGGGAGCGCAGUCACGGAGCACUGGGCCGGUUCCGGUACCGGGGAAGAGCCGCAGGGGGCCGCGGGGACAGAGCGCGAGGGGCCGCGAGGGGCAGGAACAUGCACCGGAAAGAUUCCCCCAACUGGAAACAGAAACAGGGAGGCCGGAUGGCGGGGCGCAAACCCACGUACAUCUCCUACAAAGUGGAAAACGGCAUGGACGAGAGCUUCGAGGACCUGCUGAUGAAGUACAAACAGAUCCAGCUGGAACUGGAGUGUAUCCGCAACCAGGAGAGGAGAGCGCUGGAACCCGGCGAAGACUCGCCACACGGGGAACAAGAGGACACGCCCACCUCUGAGACGCCACCGACACCCCAGGGGACAGAGAAGAGAGAGGAGCAGGAAGAGAGGAAGUCAUUCCAGGCGUUUAACCUCAGACCUCUUAGACAGAAACUGCUCACGCCAGCAGAGAGAGACACCCUGAACACCAAGACCACCCAGGGGGCGGAGCAAACAGAGGUGGGACAUAACGAGGACAAAAAUGAAGACGUGAGAAAGGAGGCGGAGAAUAUUCCUGUCCGGCCAAUGACUCUGAAUGAAGCUGAAGAAGACGAGGAAGCGGAAGAGUCCUCAGACCUAAGCAUCUCGCUGACCAAAGAAACCAACAAAACUCGUGGCAAGGAUGAAGAUGACGAGCUCUCGGAGCUGCAGUUGCGCCUCCUCGCUCUACAGUCAGCAAGUCGCAGGUGGCAGCAGAAGGAGCAGCAGGUGAUGAAGGAGAGCAAAGAGAAACUGAAUCGUGCCAAACCCACACCUGACCACUACCGGGUCACCACCAGGUCCGCCUCUGCUGGGAGGGGUCGCCCAGGGUCAGCGGUCAAAGGUCAGGAGAAGGGCAAACCCCCAGGUAGACCAGGCACAGAGCGAAGCAAAGCACCACUUAAAGGACAUCCUGCUAAACACACUCUGAGCCCAGUGUCGAAGCAGGCGUGGAGGAAACAGCAGCUGCGGACGUGGAAGCUGCAGCAGGAAGCCCAGAGACAGAAGAGUGAGGAAGAGGAUGAGAAGAAGAAAAGAGAGGAGGAAAUCCGCAAGAUACGGGACCUGUCCAAUCAGGAGGAGCAGUAUAACCGCUUCAUGAAGCUAGUGGGAGGAAAACACCACACACACCCCAAGUCUUCAGAUCCUGAACACAGAAAGCUGAAGCAAGGUCUCGACUCCGCCGGUAAUCUGUACCAAUAUGAUAAUUAUGAUGAAGUUGCCAUGGAUACAGACAGUGAGACAAAUUCUCCAGGUUCUUCUCCAUCACACGAGCCACCUGGUGCAGUUGUGUCUCUGUACACUGAUCCAGUCUGUGUGUUAUCUUUAGGCUCCGCCCCUCUCAGACAGGACAUGUCUCAGUAUUGUGUUGAUCCAGUGGGUGUGGUUUCACUGACCCCACCCCCUCCUCCACCCCCAAUGCCUCCUCCAGAGGAUUCGGAGCGUCCACCUAAACCCCCGUUUGCUGAUGAGGAGGAGGAGGAGGAGAUGAUGCUGAGGGAGGAGCUUCUCAAAUCACUAGCUAACAAACGUGCUGUGAGACCAGAGGAUACAUCCAGUAACAGUGGCCCGCCCUCUCCCAGCAGACCUGUAGCCCCGCCCCCUAUCAGAACCCACACUGCUGCUUCUGUCUCUCUUGGUUUCAGCACUAGCUCCGCCCACUCUCGCACGUCCAGCAAGUUUGGCCGAGUAGCAGGAGCAUCGAGAGCGCCGCUGGUGCUGCCGCGACACAAAGCCGUGGUCGUUCGUCUGAAUGCGUCUGAUGACAGUGACUCUGAGAUGGAGGCGUCCAGUUCACAGUGUGUGUUUGGUGGUCUGGAGUCUAUGAUCAAGGAGGCACGGAGAACCGUGGAGGCGGCGAGACCGAGGCCUGUUCCGGUGGCUGAGAAGGAGAACAACCCGCUGAGGACACCGGACACUUUACUGGAGGGAGCGGCGAUGGAAUACCGCCUCCUGAGGGCGGAGUUAACCAGUUGGGAGAAUCGACGAAUCAGGAUCUCCGAUUGUGCCUCUCCAUCUCCUGUUGGAUUUGACUCCGAUGUCGUCGUGCUGAGAAAACCUGUGGACCUCGGUGACAUGGAGGAGAAACUCACCAGACAGCGUGCUCAGCUGCAGAAGGACCAGGCUCUGCUCGAGCAGCUACAUCAGCAGGAGCUCAGGAAGAAAGAGUCUCUGAAACUGGCAGAGGCCAAAGUGGUGCGACUGAAAGAGCAGCUGCUCGCUGCAGAGAAAGUUGCCAGUGCAAACCGAGUGCUGCUCCGCAAACUGCAGGAACAGGUUCAGCGUGUGCAACACCGUGUGGUAGUGAAACAGCACAACGCCCUGCGAAUGGAGAGAGAGCUGCUCUCUCAGAGAGGAACAUUGAGAGGGAACUAUAAACGUAACAACAACACACAACUCUUAAUGGCGAGGCGGCGCGGUGUGGACCUCUCUGACAUGCACUACUCAGAUCUGAUGGCACAGAAGAAGCGCCUGCAGCAGCUGGAGAGCGAGUACGCGCUGAAGAUCCAGAAGCUGAAGGAAGCACAGGCUUUACGCCAGGCCAGUGCUCCCAUCAUGCCGUGCAGCGUGACGCAGCCCUCGCUUCAUGACCUCACACAGGACAAGCUCACGCUCACUAGCGACGAUCCUGGUGAUGAUCCUGACCCAGAGGGGGCGGAGUCACAGCCUGCUAACGCCAACGCCACCACCACUCGUCGGCGUUCGUUCCGUGAGUCCGGGUCAUUCACUAAACCCAAUCUGAGCCAUGCUGAGACUCUAGCCACACCCACAACACCGACCACACCCACCGUGUCUACCAAACAAGCCACGCCCCCCACAGAGUUGCUCGGCCUGUUCGGUCUAAGUGUCGAGGACCUGCGGCUGCGGUAUCAGCAAUGCGAAGUACUGCCAGACCUCCUGAGACAGGAACUCUGUACACAAGGGGGCGCUCUGCUAGACAUUCGGCCCAGUGAGAGGAUCAUUCAGGUGGACUUUGACCCCAUGGUGCCUCAGCAGGUGCGGAGCGAGCUGAAGUCGGUUCCGUUCGGUCCGUACCGCAGUCCGCUCCUGGUUUUCAGGUCAUACAGGUUCAGUCCAUAUUUCCGCACUAAAGAAAAGCUCUCUCUGAGCUCCAUCACCUACAGCCACACCAUCGAGUCACGAAAGUGCUUCUGUCGCUUCGACCUGACGGGAACCUGCAAUGACGACGGCUGCCAGUGGCAGCACAUGAGGAACUGCACUCUGGAUGGAAACCAGUUGUUCCAGGACAUCUUGUCUUACAGCCUUCCUCUGAUUGGCUGUUCACAGGAAAGCUCCACCAAUGACAUUACUCGAGCAACAGAGAAGUACAUUAAGAAGCUGUUUGGAGCGAAUAAGGACCGGAUGGGUUCAGACCAGAAAGCCGUGCUGCUCGUCAGUAAAGUCAAUGAGAGCUUACGGCAUGUUCCACCAUUUACUACAUAUAAACAGAGGAGGAAAUGGAGACCAGAACCACAUAAAACAUCACCUGACCCCAACACUGCAGCUGAGAGUGAGGAGGAAAAUAUAACUAUCCCUGCUGCUGCUGAUGAGGACGGGUGUGGGUCAGAGUGCCGCUCCCUGUCAGAUGUUUGUGUCACUCAGGAUGAUAAGCGGUACUUUGACACUGAAACAGAUGACAUUUCCAAUCUGGAGUACAGUGUGUUAGACAGUCCAAGUGACCGGCAGCUGUGGAUUAAACUCGCCUACAGAUACCUCAACCAGAAAGACACCCCUUUAUCGGAGUGUGUAGACGCUGCACUGAACACACUUUCACGCGCUCUGGAGGAUAACCGUGAGGACGAAGAACUGUGGUGUCACUACCUCACACUGUUCUCACGCCGUGGCAGCACUGAUGAUGUGAGGGAGAUGUGUGACAUGGCUGUGGAGCACGCAGCACACUAUACUGUGUGGUGGACUUACCUGAGUAUCGAGAGCUCUUUUGAUGGAAAAGAUGCUGUGUGCAAACGGUUGCUGCAGUUCCUGAUGGAUCCUGCUGAUGGCGCUGUAGAGGAGCUCUCGUCAUUUCAUCUUCUGGAAACACUGCUUUACCGAACACAGCUCAGUGUGUUUACUGGCCGUGUGCACAACGCCCAACAUAUCCUGCAGGAGGCGCUGAUGUCAGAGGGUGAAUGUGUGUCAUCACGUCUCACUCUGCCUCACCGCUGUGUUGCGUGGCUCUGCUACAUCCACCUGUGUGAAUUUGGGACACUUCCUGUGCACCUGUACGAUCCGGCGAACUCCAACCCCUCCCGUAUCGUCAGUCUGGAGCACUUCCUCUUUCCCUGGAAGUCGAGUGAGGACGUUCACACACAUCCUGAACGCCUCAUCACACUGUUCCAGGAUGCAUUAUCGAGGUGUGUGAAUGAUGGCGUGUCUCCAGCUGAACGGACGCUCGCGUGUCUCCCUCUGCACCUCAACCUGCUCCACCUGCACAAAGUCCUGGGGAGGCUGAAAGAAGCCACUGCACUGUGUGAGUGCGUGCUAGUAGACGUCCCUCAUUGCUGCCCCCUGCUGGAGAGCUUGAGUGAGCUGCAUGUGGCAGGUGGAGACACAAACGAAGCAGCGUGUGUGUGGCUACGUGCACACAGGCUCCGCCCUCACGAUGCUCAAGUGUUUUACAGUCUGUGUAAAUGUCUACACACACAGGAGAGACACAGUGAGAUUGUUGUGCUUUUUAAGCAGUUUGUGUUGUCUCUGUGUGAUGGGGUUCGGGAAGAUCUCCUCCCUGAAGUGGGUUUAAGACACUUACUAGGCGUCCCAUCAGAGGACGUCCAGCACUCGGUCCUCUCACUCUCUAAACAGCUUCAGGAUCAGCUCCCCUACCUGCACCUCACACACUGUUUCUGGCAGUCGGUGCGAGGCAGUGUGGUUGAGGCGGUGGAGGCUUUCGAGGCAGCGCUGGGAGCCAUUUCAGAUCUGGAGGUGGUGAAGAAACUCUGGCUUGAUUAUCUCCUCUUUACUAGCAGUAAGCUGGCAGGCCGAGAGCUGCGAGUGUUCAGUGAUCUGGUGCAGCGCUGCCUGAACACAGUGCCCACCAGGAUCACCCUGCCGUACCACAGCACCACCUACUGGAGCUGCUACAACUUUCACAACCAGGUCGUCUCCUUCUAUCUCAGUUUUCUCCCUUUAUCGCUCCACUCGUCUGCUUUGGAAAGAUUCAGAAAUGCAAUGCCGAGCAACACUGAACUCAGUCUCAGGGUUCUGCAGCAGGAGUGGAGUGAUGAGAACAUGGAGCAGGUGAAGCUUCAGUCCCGACUGAUGACUGUGACGAUUCCCACCUGUCUGUCUGCCUGGAAGAUAGCGGUUGCUGUACAGAAGCAGCAGAAGAGAAGAUCAGAGGUGCAGAAACUCUAUCAUCAAGCCCUUCAGAAACUGCCGCUGUGUGCUGCUCUGUGGAAAGAUUGGCUCCUGUUUGAAGCUGCAGCUGGAGGUAAAACUGACACACUGAACAAACUGGUUGUGAAAUGCCAGGAUGUGGGAGUGAGUCUGAGUGAGCCGCUCAGUGUACACUCUCACACUCAGGACUCGUGAAGUCUGCAGUCACUCCCUCGCUCCCUUCCUCCCUUCCUCUCUUCCUCCCUCUCCUCCCUAUACCCUUAUAAUCUCCCUCACACACCACACCAUCUCUACCCCUUCACACAUCUAUCACACACACUGCAGUAGACCGAGCGGUGAGUGAGUGAGUGUGUGUGUGUGUGUGUGUGUGUGUGCGUGCGUCAGCAAGCUGAAGAAAAUGAACUCCAGCUAAGCGAGUGUGUGUCCUCCAAGUCGUCCUGUACGUAAGUAUGGAGCUGAUCACGCAGCUGCUGCUGUUUCUUUCUUUUAGUCUUUUGCGUUUUAAUCGGAUUUUAUUUUGUUUCCUGCUCCGAGUUUACGGACUUUCUCCCUCUGACCUCCACCAUUAGUGAUGUUCACAAUGACAGUAUUUUAAAGACGGCUUCCUUCAGCUAGACCUUUAUUUUCAGCGUAUAACCUGACGGACGAAAGUGACUCUACACGUUUGAGGUUGUUUUAAGGGCUUAGAAAAAAAAAAACAGGAUUAAAAAUGGCUUCCAGUCAGAAGUAUUGUGUGAAUCGCACCUCACCAGUGUGGAGAUGUUCUCCUGCGACUGCUGAAGUUCUGCCACAUGCUGAUCCACAUCCAGCAGCCAAACACCAGUAACUUUGUGCAAGUGUUUUUUUUUUUUCCUUGUAAAAAAUCUUAAUUAAAGUAUUCAGGAACGUAACAGGAAAUGAUUUUCAACUGUUUUAUUUUGUAACUGAAAAAUGUUUCAAUUAAAUUAUUUUGUAAAGAGA